GGGCGGCCGGCCGCCCGGGGCGUUGGCCUGCUCCACCGACGCCGCCGACCACACUACGACUCGACCACUCGAACGCUUUCGCUUCCGACCCGACCCAGCGACGAAACGCGCGACACGACGCAACACCUGCCGCUGCGGCGCCAUGAAGUUCUACACGAACCUGAACAAGGGCGGCGAGCGCAUCGCCUGGGAGUUCCACCAGGUGGCGCUGACGCGCGUGCCCGGCUACGGGUUCGGCAUCGCCGUGUCCGGCGGCCGCGACAACCCGCACUUCGCCAACGGAGACCCCGCCAUCGCCAUCUCGGACGUGCUGAAGGCGGGGCCCGCCGAGGGCAAGCUGCAGGUGAACGACCGCAUCAUCUCGGCGAACGGCGUGUCGCUGGAGAACGUGGAGUACGCGACGGCGGUGCAGGUGCUGCGCGACUCCGGGUCGACGGUGUCGCUGGCGGUGCGCCGGCGCGUCGUGCUGCCCGGCUGCCCGCCGCCGCCGCCGCCCCCGCACGGCGCCGCGCACGCGCAGACGCUCAAGCUGUGCCUCACCAAGGCCAGCAAGAAGGACGACCUGGGCCUGGUGCUGGGCUGCAAGAUCUACGUGCGCGAGCUGGCGCGCGCGAGCCGGACGGCGGCGGGCGGCGCGGAGGCGCAGCUGCAGGAGGGCGACGUCCUGCUCAAGAUCAACAACCACAGCACGGACGGCAUGACGCUCAAGGAGGCGCGCAAGCUCAUCGACGCCAGCAAGGACAAGCUGAGCCUGGUGGUGCGCCGCGAGCCGCGCGCCCCCGCCGCCGCCUCCGCCGCCCCCGCCGCCUGCUUCGACCACGCCGCCCUCACCAAAGAGUCUCACAGCAGUGGAAACUACCUCGACGGCCUGAGCGGUCCCAACUACUCGUCGCAGAACCUGUACGUGCAGCCCCCCACACGCCACCAUCACCACCACCAGCAGCAGCCACCUCCAGCACCACCCCAUCAGCCCGGCUCAGUGGAGGACAAGAGCAACCUGCUGCCACGCGGUCGGUCACGGGGACCACUGCUCGACGUCUCGCUCAGCCAGCUGGACAGGCCGGCCACCCCUGUGGGGGCGUCAACAGGGGCGGGGGUGGCCGGAGUCGAAGGCGGUGGCAGCCACGGUCGGAGCCGCAGCGGGCUAGACGAGCCUCCGCCCCCGCAGCCGCCACUGCCACACGACCUCCUCGGACCUCCCCGUCCGCCACCUCCACGUCCUGAAGACUAUUACAGCAGUAGACGACAGUUGUACGAUGAUGAUCCACUGCUGCAGAGAUCGAAACAGCCGAUACCUGAUCCUCGGUUCAUCACAUUCCAAAAGGAAGGUUCUGUUGGCAUUCGACUGACUGGAGGCAAUGAGGUGGGAAUCUUCGUGACAGCAGUCCAGCCUGGGAGCCCCGCCUCUCUCCAAGGCCUGCAGCCUGGUGAUAAGAUCCUAAAGGUGAACGACAUGGACAUGAAGGGCAUUACACGGGAAGAGGCCGUUCUGUUCUUGCUAAGCUUGCAGGAUCAGAUAGACCUAAUUGUACAAUACCGCAAAGACGAGUAUGAGCAAAUCGUUGCAAGCCAGCGAGGAGACUCGUUCCAUAUCAAAGCUCACUUUAAUUAUGACCAACCAAAUAAAGGAGAAAUGAGUUUCCGGAAAGGAGAUGUCUUUCACGUGGUUGAUACUCUGCACAAUGGUGUUGUCGGUUCAUGGCAAGUCUUCAGAAUAGGUCGUAACAAUCAGGAAGUACAAAAAGGUAUAAUACCUAAUAAGGCACGGGCUGAAGAGCUUGCUACAGCACAGUUUAACGCUACAAAGAAAGAACUGACCGCAUCAGAGAGCAGAGGUAGUUUCUUCCGAAGGCGUCGAGGCAGUCAUCGUAGGUCUAAGUCUCUUGGAAGAGACCACUGGGACGAUGUUGUGUUUGCCGAUAGCAUAAGCAAAUUUCCAGCUUAUGAAAGAGUCGUGCUCAGGCAUCCGGGCUUUGUGCGGCCUGUUGUUCUCUUUGGUCCAGUGGCUGAUAUUGCCCGAGAGAAACUACUUAAAGAUUUUCCGGACAAGUUUACAUCACCUCACAUCAUACCACGUACCUAUAGUGGCUAUGGGAUCAGUUUAUUGAAAUGUCCUAGAAAAGAGCUGGACAGUAAUCUGGAAGAAAUCCCAAAGAGUCAGAAGUCAUCAGGAAUAAUUCGCUUGAGUGCCAUAAGGGAAAUAAUGGACAGAGGAAAGCAUGCACUGUUGGACAUCACACCUAAUGCAGUUGACAGGCUGAAUUAUGCUCAGUUCUAUCCAAUUGUUGUCUUUCUUAGAGCAGACUCGAAACAUGUCGUCAAAGAGCUUCGUGCAGGUCUUUCCAAGGCAGCACAUAAAAGCAGUAAAAAGUUGUUUGAACAAUGUCAAAAACUGGAGAAAGUUUGGGGACAUACAUUCACGUGCAGUGUAACUCUGACAAGUCCUGACUCGUGGUACCGGAAAGUUCGAGAACUGAUUGAAAAGCAGCAAAACUCACCUGUAUGGAUGAGUGAGAGCAAGCCCGACGAAGCCCUGUCAGAUGACUUCUUGUUCCCUAUGACGUCUCGCCUAUCCUACGCUUCCUCCCCCGAAUCCGACCUCGACCUUUCCCCAGAGCCUCACGGGAGUGGAGUGGUGACUGCAUCCCCUCCUCCUCGCCUCAUCAAGAGCUCGUCGGACCCCAGCAUUGCGACACAGGAGGACACCGGUCCUGGCUAUAGUGCUCCUCCUCCUUACUCGGCCAACAACCCGUACAAACAGGGUUAUGAUAACCACAAUGGGGUCCCUGUCCCACCUGAGCAUCACCACCAUCAUCAUCACGGGCACAAUCUCACGUCAGCUGGUAUCGGCAAACGGAGAUCUCAAGGGGGUGACAGCAAGUACGGUUUCUCCCCUACACACCUGACGACAGCAGCCAGUGAGCCUCCCGUCACUUCCUCCACUGUCGACCUCAACUAUGCCCACCACCACCAUCACCACCACCACCACCACCACCAUCAGGCGUCGAGUCCUGCCGGCUACCCUCAGCUCCGGACGAGCGACGGGAGUGGUGGAGGUGUCCUGCCUCGAUCCCCACUGGCCCACUCCCCACCUCUCCCGACCGGUGGGCCGCCCGAACUCCCACCCCGUAUCGAUCGCAGCAACAAGCCCCCUCACACUACUUUAGGCAGGUCUGCUGCCGAAAGACUCUUCGGGAAAACUAGUGACGGAGAACCCGAUUUCGCGUCUCGUAGUGAGCCUCCAAAUUACAUAAAUGCCACCCCACAUCACAGAAUUGCAGGCAGCUCAUCUCUCGAAAGGCAUAAUAUGAAGUCAAGUAGCUACGACAGUGUGUCCUCGUACGACUCCUACAGUAAUCGUCUGGGUCCUAAUGCACACGAUGACCUGAAAUGUAGUACAAACGGUGGCCCUCUGUCGCCAAGGAAUCAUGAUCCAUAUAGAUUCACGAGGUCGACAGCACAACCGAUUAAAGUUAGCAACACAGAACCAAAGCCAAAUAAACCGCCCGACUACAGUAAAUACAGACCCAGUGAUUAUAACAAACCAAUGCCCCCUCCAAAAUCAGCCAAUUACAAGCCCGUGCCACCUCCCAAGCCUAAAAACUACCGCCCUCCCCCUACUGACAAUCAGAACCACUGGACACGCACAGCAGGAGAUGGCAACUAUGACCAGCACUCGGCUCACAAGAGCGGUGAGGCCGGUCUGUCCUCAUCACCUGUGGCCAUCCUGAGGAAUGACGAUAAUGCAAACAUUCCACCAGUGGUGAAAUCUGGCACUGCCAGCAGCAGUACAUAUCAGCAUUCCAAGUCAUAUUCAACCGCUGGAAGCUUAGAUGGUGCUACCUUCACUCCACACCAGAAUGGAGCAGAAGAAACAAACGGCGGAUUCGAUUCUGGUCACGGAAGUAGUCUGGACCGGAAUUACAAUCCGUCAGUGCCCAGAACUGCAGCAGGAGCCGGAGGAGGUCAAUAUUACUACAACGUUCCUCCUUCGAGGAAUGCCCCUCCCGACAAUGUCCGUAAUCACAAUCACCACAGUCACCACAAUCGAGAACCGAGUGGGCUAGAUCUCACGAAUAGAGAACAGAGAGGUUCAGCCUUCGAGCUGUACAAGAAACCGACAGACCCACGUGGGAACACCGUGCAGCAUUACCUCGAUAAUAAUUUAAGGUGAAGCUUUACUAAGUCCACUAGUAAUGUGUGGGCCUCACGGUCUGAAGUUCCAAGUCCCUGUCGAACUUCGCCUUCCCCACUGGGCAUCGUCUGACCCAACAGAUCCGUGGAGUUUUGCUCUUAAAUCAGGAGA